ACGAAAGCGAUCACCCGAGUCAAUCGACCUGGGGCAACGCAAAAAAGUCCAGAUGGCGGCCGAACAACAACAACAACAUACGAUCAUCAGUCCCAGCACCAGCAGUCCUCAAAGCAGCACCUCCAGCCCCUCGGAAGUACUGAGCACGCGCGCCCACUACGCCGUCGAGAAGCGCUACCGAUCCACCUUGAACGAACGGUAUGCCACAUUGGCCCGCAUCGUGUCGAGUCCGGACACGAUGGAGAUUUGCCGCACGGCCAUGCCCGAGUGGGAAGUGCCCACGAAACUCGAAGUGCCGGAUCCCGUGGCGGAGAAGAAUACGGGCAAACGGCAGAGUAAGACGACGACGUUGUCGGUGGCUCUGCAUACGAUUGAAUUGCUGGAUCGUGCUUGUGUGCGUAAGGCGCGAGAGUAUCAGGAAUUGAGUCGUCGUUUGUCGACGAUUGUUGGUGCUGCUGCUACUGCUACUGCUACUGCUAUUAGUACUACUACUACUACUCCUGGUAUCUGAUGAGGAGAGAGAGAGAGAGAGAGAGUUUUGCCCACGGGUCUACAGAGUCGACACGUGGUCGGGUCGGUCGGGUCGGGUUGGUUGAUUGAUUUUUGGUCAAGUCACACAGAUUUUUCAUGCAUCGAAUGAAUAUGAGAGAGAGAGAAAGAAUUUCAUCAAUGAAUGACGGCUGCACUACAUCUUGGGGAGGGAAUCUUCUAUUCUUUUGGAGGUUUAAAAAAAAGCCGCAUUGUGCCCCUUUUUUUGGAGAGAGAGAGAGAUUGAAAGAGAGAAUUGUGUAUGUAUUUGAAACGUUUUGUUUUUUGCAUCUGCGUUGUUAGGUGGCAUUGAUUUACGUUUUUACGAAGCAGCAGCAGCGGGCAGCGGCAGGCAGCGGCGGCAGGCAUUUGAUUUUGUCUUUUUUUGGAGAAAGAGGGGGAGAAGGCGAGAAGGCGAGAGAAGGAGAGAGAGAAGCGAUACGUUGUAUAUACCCACC